UGAGGCGUGUAAGGGGAGAGCCACUGGCUGUAACGUAACAUUCCUCGGGCUGUGUGGUGCGGGUUAUGGCUGCACGGGUGGCUGUCAGCUGGGCUGGUCAGAGGAGCUCUCUGCUCCGACCGAAGCCUGUGCCCUCUGUCCCAGAAUGGAGUCGAACAGCCAGCGGAGACGCAGCAGCAGCAGCGGCAGUGGCGGCAGCAGCACCCGCGGGGAUCCUGGAUGGCAGCAAACUGAAGACGGCAGAUGACCUUCCACAGGUCAAGGCUUGGGAAAGCUUGUACAGAGUGAUUUUUAAAGGCUAUCUCAACCGGCUGCAUGAGCUCCAGAUACUUGACAAACAGCUAUAUGGACCCAUCUAUAGGACGGCAGCAGGCAACCAAUUCUCUAUAGUGUUGAACAGCGUGGAGCUGGUGGAGGAGCUCCUCAGGAAAGAUGAGAAGUUUCCCUCUCGCGGGGACAUGUCCCUCUGGACUGAGUAUCGAGACAUGAGAGACCUCGGUUAUGGCCCCUUCACAGAGGAGGGCCAAAAGUGGUACAAGCUGAGAGCUGUGCUCAACAAGCGCAUGCUGCACCCCAAGGACUCCGUGCAGUAUGGGGAUGUUGUCAAUGAGGUUGUCACAGACUUCAUUGGGAGAAUACAGCACCUUCGCAGGACCAGUCAAACUGGGGAUCUGGUUACCAACUUGUCCAAUGAGCUCUACCGCUUCUCUCUUGAGGGAAUCUCGUCUAUUCUCUUUGAAACUCGAAUUGGUUGUUUGGAAGAAUCGAUCCCAAAGGAGACCCAGGACUUCAUUGACUCCAUUGCAAAGAUGUUUACCUACAGCAUGCCUGUGGUGCUCACGCCUAAGUGGUCCCGCAACAUCCUGCCCUUUUGGAAUCGCUACAUCGCAGGAUGGGAGGGCAUCUUCAAGUUUGCUGGAAAGCUGGUAGACGCCAAGAUGGACGCCAUUCAGAAGUGCGUGGACGCCGGCAAAGAGGUGGAGGGGGAGUACCUGACCUACCUGCUCUCAAGCACCAACAUGAGUCACAAAGAGGUGUAUGGAAGUGUAGCGGAGUUGCUUUUGGCUGGAGUAGACACGACAUCAAACACCAUGAUGUGGACUUUCUAUCAGCUCUCAAGGGAGCCUGAAAUUCAAGACAUCUUGUACCAAGAAGUGAAGUCCACUAUUAAGGAGGAUAGAAUUCCCACGGCCCAGGAUGUCACAAACAUGCCUUAUCUCAAGGCUGUCAUCAAAGAAACGCUGAGAAUGUACCCCGUGGUACCAAUAAAUGGGCGACGCCUGACAGAAAAAGAUGUCGUAGUUGGAGGCUAUUAUUUUCCAAAAAAGACAAAUUUUUCAUUAUGCCAUUACUCCAUCUGUCACGAUGAGAAAGUCUUCUCUGAGCCGUCCAAGUUCAAACCGGAGCGCUUCUUAAGGGAUGGAAGGACCACCAGACCGAACCCCUUCGGCUCCAUCCCGUUUGGGUUCGGGGUGAGAGGCUGUGUCGGCCGGCGGAUUGCAGAGCUGGAGAUGUAUCUUGCUCUGGCAAGGAUCAUCAAGCAAUUUGAAAUCAGACCAGAUCCAACGGUCGGUGAUGUGAAGGUCAUAAACCGGAUCGUGCUGGUCGCGGACAGAGAAAUAAACUUGCACUUUAUAGAGAGGAGCCCAAGUGGAUCCUUGUGAAUCAGGAUGACUACUACUACACCUGUUAGUGGCCUUUUAAAGACAGAAGAGCACGCUUUACGUUUCGUAUUUUAGUUUUUGAAUGCUGUGAACAAUGAAGGAUUUAAGUUGUAGCCACAGGCACUUACAUUUUCUCCAAUUAACACAUGGUAUGCACAUCAAAUUUUUAUAUUGUAAAAAUAUAUAUUUAUAUAUUUGUAUAUACUGUAUCUCCAGCUGUCUGUUGUAUUCCUUGCAUUUCUUUGACUGUGGCUACAUUCAGACAGCCUUGCAUUUUCUAUUAGUAGCCUAUUUGGAAAGUGACCAAAUCCCCUUUGCUUGUGUUUGUCUAUUUGCAGUCAUUUCCAGGUCUACCCGUAAAGAAGUAACAUUUCACUUUGAAGUAUAAAAGUGCUACAAAGAAAUACCUUAGUAUAUCCAUUUAGAACAGGGGUAGACAAUUAGCGGCGUGGGGGCCAAAUCUGGCACGCCAUCAAUUAUAUUCAGCUCACGAGAUGCAGCAAAUAGCAACAGUGAGUGCCGUUAAAUAGCCUGAUUGAAAAAAAAAUGCAGACAGUAGUUCCAUGCUUCUUUGUUUGUCCUGCAUUCGGAAUCAACGUCUGGUUCCAUGGCUUUUGACAACGAAAUUUUGCAUUGAUAGCUAGAAAUCUUCUGCUAAUGAAACGUGUUAGAACAAUAAACAACUGGCACUUGUAUACAUUAGUUACAUUAGUAAAUUGUAUCUAUGGUCUUACUUUCCGGUUGUUAACUUCACAACAUAUGAGAUUGUUUGUGUUGUUUUGGUGUUCACUUUAUUUUGAUUUAUUUGAGCAGUGACCGACCGAAAUGCACAGAAUGGUUUGCCUUAUUACAAUAAUGACUCAAAAUUAUAUAAAUGUAUGGUUGUCAAAACUCAUUGAUUUUUUUAAUUAUCUUUAGGAUGCGCUGGAAAAGACAUGUGGACUGUCUGUCAGUUUGGACAUAAUCUCCAAAGGGAGUGUGGAUCUAUGACACUGAUGAAUGUAUUUCUAUGAAUAUGUCAAUAUAUUACAUAAAUGUAUAUUGUUUCAUAUAUUGCCAAGUUGACAUUCACCCCCAAUAAUGUUAUCUAUCUGUGUGUUUUGUUGUAUUGCUUCAGUGAGUACAUAGCCCAAGCCUAUACUACAUUAAAGGGUGCUCUGUCUAAAGUGUGUGUGAUGUGUUGGCACUCAAAUACAGUACAGAACAGACUGAUUUCACAUAUUAGUAGGCCUGAUUGUCCUUGGAUUAAAGAAAACGGGUUAGACAAAACCCUCCUCAUUACUUAUUAUUACAUUAGUACCUAUGGUGGAAUAACAAUGUAAUUUCAUGUAGGCUACUCUUGCUGUACUUCUAUGAAUCAAGAAUGUACUUGUUCCGUUGCUCUUCCAUUUUAUCAAACUCUGGUAGUGACCCUUACAAAAUAAUCCCUGCGCAUGUGAUGUAUCUGAUAUCGUCCCACAACUGUUGGCAAUAGGGUGGAUGAGUGCAGGCUGUCCAUGUAGGAUUUAAACCUGUGCCUAUAACUCCCCCCUGUGGUGAACGCUAUGUAGGUGCUGUUGAGUGUCUCAGGAAAAUGUGAGUUGAGUUCUAACCGGAUACAGUAGCCAGCCCCACCACAGUCCUUUCACGGGAUGCUAUCCUAUUUUGUAAAGCAGAGUAACGUCGUUUUUCUCAGAGCUGUCUCCAAAUCUCUAUUCAUUACAUAGUCUAUAACCAAGUUAUUGCGGAGGGUUAAAACAG